AGACUGAUCAACAUGGCGGCUGUGUGUUUCUCCUUGAGCCGCUGCUGCUCUGCUGUUCACCGGCCCGCCGUCACGGCGGUGCGGUUCGCGCAGACAGCAGCAGCUCCUGCAGCUCAGCCCAGGAUCAAGAAGUUCCAGAUUUAUCGCUGGGAUCCAGACACAGUCGGAGACAAACCUCGCAUGCAGACAUACGAGAUCGACCUGAACACGUGUGGGCCGAUGGUUCUGGACGCACUCAUCAAGAUCAAGAAUGAGAUGGACAGCACACUGACCUUCCGGCGCUCCUGCAGAGAGGGCAUCUGUGGCUCGUGUGCUAUGAACAUCAACGGUGGAAACACAUUGGCGUGUUUGAAUAAGAUCGACACCAACACCAGCAAGGUGACCAAGAUCUACCCGCUGCCGCACAUGUAUGUGGUGAAGGACCUGGUGCCCGACAUGAGCAACUUCUACGCCCAGUAUAAAUCCAUCGAGCCCUACCUGAAGAAGAAGGACGAGUCCCAGCAGGGGAAGCAGCAGUACCUGCAGAGCGUGGAGGACCGCCAGAAACUGGACGGCCUGUACGAGUGUAUCCUGUGCGCCUGCUGCAGCACCAGCUGUCCGAGUUACUGGUGGAACGCAGACAAGUAUCUGGGUCCAGCCGUCCUCAUGCAGGCGUACCGCUGGAUGAUCGACUCUCGGGAUGAUUUCACUGAGGACAGACUGUCCAAGCUGCAGGACCCGUUCUCUCUGUACCGCUGCCACACCAUCAUGAACUGCACCAGGACCUGCCCCAAGGGGCUGAAUCCAGGAAAAGCCAUCGCUGAGAUCAAGAAGAUGAUGGUGACGUAUAAGCAGAAGGACGCGGUGGCGGCGUAAAGCGGCACCUACCCUGAUGAAGAUGAUGUACAGCACUGCCGUCAUUCAGCACAGAGAUCAUCCACAACCACCAUCACUCCAUUACUGUCAGACUCACUGUGUCUGCUGCUGUAUGCUCAAUAACACACACACACACACACACACACACACACACACGCUUCGGGCUGUACUUCUGCUCAUACACACCUGAGAGAGGCUGCAUGCAGAGGUGUAGUGCGCUCUGACGUCUGCUAACUCUGCACCCUCACUCUGAAUAUUAAUGAAGUGCAGGUGUCGUUAUAUUUGAGUGUAAUUAUGAAUAAACAUAUAUCAGACUAUCAGCAACACA